CGUCCCUCUCACACCCGCAUUUCGGGCGCGUUUCCCGCCAGAUACGCGCGACCCCGCGGCCGCCAUCACAGCACCAAUCAAAUUCAAUAUGUUCAAUAUAAAUCCUUGUGUAUUUACAAUAUAAAGUUCAGUGACGUGCCAAUCCUUCAGUUUACGGUUUACACAAAAAAUGGUUAUUAGUAAAUUAUUACAGAUGCCGUUCCACCCCCACGUAAAAGCAUUCAUAACUUUGACGUGUAAUUUAUUGGUCCUCAUUAUGUGCCACGACACGGAAUCUGAAUCGUUUUAAAAGCCAAUAAUGACAAUAAGACGACAAUAAUUAAAGUUUAAUUAGAAGUAUAAUAGCAAUAACGAAAGAUGGCGAACACAGCACACUUGAUGAGGCGACAGAGCUCGCGGGACCUGUACGCACAGCGCUCCAUAGACAGGAUGGAGAUGAAGGAGCUGCGAGGUCGGCUGGUGACGAUGGAGAACGGCCACCCGUCCCACCGCACGCACGUCAUGUACGGCGCCACCAACGAGGCCUUCGAGGACACCAGCCCCAACAGGCGCUCCUCAGAGACGCCGACGAGCAAGGCCAGCUCCGUCGAGGACCGAGGUGGAGCGAAGCCCGAAGGUGGUGGAGUCGAGAGAGAGUCGUGGGACAGCAAGCUCACUUUUCUGUUAGCCACAGUUGGGUAUGCCGUGGGAUUAGGUAACGUGUGGAGGUUUCCGUACCUAGCGCAGAAGAAUGGCGGGGGAGCAUUUUUGAUUCCGUACUUCGUGAUGUUAGCGAUUGAGGGGAUACCGAUAUUUUACUUGGAGUUGGCGAUCGGGCAGCGUCUGCGGAAAGGCGCCAUAGGUGUGUGGCACCAGGUGUCUCCUUAUUUGGGUGGGAUCGGGAUCAGUUCGGCGGUGGUGUCGUUUAACGUGGCGCUGUACUACAACUCCAUCAUCGCCUGGUGCCUGUUCUACUUCGCGCAAAGCUUCCAGGCAGAGCUGCCGUGGGCCGAGUGCCCGAAGAAGUACUUCGCUAACGGAUCCUAUACUGCCGAGCCUGAAUGUGCAGUGAGCAGUCCGACGCAAUAUUUCUGGUACCGCACCACUCUACAAAUAUCAGAAGACAUCAACUACCCUGAAACGUUCAACUACAAGAUAGCACUAGCCUUAGUCAUAGCCUGGAUCCUAGUCUAUAUGUGCAUGAUCAAAGGCAUCGCGUCCUCGGGCAAGGUCGUCUACGUCACAGCAACCUUCCCAUACAUCGUCCUCGUCAUAUUCUUCUUCAGAGGCAUCACUCUUAAAGGCAUGAGCGAUGGACUAAUCCACCUAUUCACACCAAAGUGGCACAGGAUUUUAGACCCUGUUGUGUGGCUGGAAGCUGGCACACAAAUAUUCUUUUCGCUUGGCUUAGCCUUCGGCGGCUUAAUAGCGUUCUCAUCCUAUAACCCUGUUGACAACAACUGUUACAGAGAUGCCAUUAUGGUCUCUAUGACUAAUUGCUUAACGUCGAUGUUUGCUGGCAUCGUUGUGUUUUCAAUUAUUGGGUUCAAGGCUACGAUGGUGUACGAGAAGUGUUUAGACUUGAGGAAUGAGACGUUGCUGGAGGUGUUUGGGCCUGCCUUCAGGUCGAUGGUGCUGCCUGAAGCUGGGCAGACGGUGAAAGUAGACCUCAAUGGGAACCUUACGUCGCUGGUGAUGCCACAGCUACCGGAGUGUGACUUACAGAAGGAAUUGGACAAUACCGCUUCGGGCACCGGCCUCGCCUUCAUCAUCUUCACGGAAGCCAUCAACCAGUUCCCCGGAGCUCAGUUCUGGUCCGUCCUCUUCUUCCUGAUGCUGUUCACACUAGGAAUAGACUCCCAAUUCGGGACCCUCGAAGGGGUGGUGACUUCUAUAGUAGACAUGAAGUUGUUCCCCAAUUUGAGAAAGGAGUACUUAACAGGAGGCUUGUGUCUUCUCUGCUGUUUACUGUCCAUGGGUUUCGCUCAUGGCUCGGGAAGCUACAUAUUCCUACUAUUUGACAUGUACAGUGGUAACUUUCCUCUGCUGAUCAUCGCCUUCUUCGAGUGUGUCGGGAUUGCCUACGUGUAUGGGGUUAAAAGGUUCGCAGAUGACAUUCAGCUAAUGACAGGAACACGACCGGGGAUCUACUGGUUGAUAUGUUGGAAGUACCUGUCUCCUCUAGCGAUGCUCUCCAUCCUAAUAUCCUCGUUCGUGGAGCUGGCUACGGAAGGUUCUGGAUAUGACGCUUGGAUCAGGUCUGCUGGAGACACGGAGAGGAAGACCUGGCCUGUAUGGGCUGUACUGCUCGUCCUUGUGUUGGUCCUGGCGUCCGUGUUGUGGAUACCUGUCGUUGCUAUUGCCAGAUACUUCGGUGUUCCCAUAAUAGACGACGAGGAACGCGCCUGGUUUCCCGCUGAGGAGUUACGGGACUUCCAUGGCAUUGAGCCAAGACCUGUCUCCACGACAGAAACCCUGUUGUUCUGCACAAGACCUGAUGGCUCCGAAGGUUGCUGCUGGCCUGGAUGCUGUGAUACCGACGAUGAGGAGUAGUCUCCGAUGAAUAUUAGCACAAGUAACAGUUUUUUCUGCCGUCUUAAUUUUAUAGAGUGCGAAAAAAUAAGGUAUUUCGUUCGAAGUUGAUACAAGUUGCAUCGAAACGUAGUCCGAGUGACAGCCUUUGUAUUAUUGUAAGAAUAAUUGAUUUCCCGCGGUUUUAGCAGUAAACCAAUAUGGCUGCCGUAACGCUAAGUUGCGCAAAGACAAUAAAAAAACGAAACGAAAAGUUUGUAAAAGAGAAAAUGUAAAUCUCAUUAUUUAUAAUAUUUUAUUUUAGAUUGAGAUAUUGGAGAAAAUAUUUAUUACUUACUUAAAACAAAAAAAUAAAAGGUGUGAAUUUAUAAAUGAAUGGAUCGCUCAGUGAAUAUAUGUAAUACCUACCUAAUAAGUAGUAUAGCAUGAUUUUAACAUCGCUGACAUUUAGAACCCAUUUUAUAUUACUAAAUAUACUAUUUUAUCUAAAUGUCAUCUUAUCAAAAUUAUAGACAAUAAAGAGGGAUAUCUUUUGGAAACAUAUCCAAGUUCACGUGUCCAUAUCUAGGUUUCAUAUCCAGCCGUUUAUAUUUACUGUUGAAUUUUUAUAUUACGCAUAUAAUAGAAAGGGGUUUGGGUAAAGUUGGCGUCGUUUUGAAGUUGAGCGGCCAGUAAUGAAACUUAAAUAUUAUGAAAGAACAGAAUACAGCGAUCAAAAGCUAUUAUGGCCAUAUUUCUCUAAACCAUAUCGGAACUGAGAUAUUUGGUUUUAUAUUGGUCAUUGAAAUCGAAGAAGUUAUUAAAUGUUAUUGCACUCUUUUGGGUGUCUGCCAUAUUUUUUUAGGAAUGCUAAAUAAAAUAAUUCAAAUACAGUGACGUAGAUGAAUCGAACGGACCCCCAAUGUCUUUUAUCUAUGGGCCGAUGGUGUUUAGUAACAGUAACAGUAACAGCUCGUCCCUUACUGACUGUGUGUGUUACUUUUUACGCUUCUUAUCUCUCGUGGACUUGUGGAUAAUUAUAACGACUUGGCAUUUCAUUGGACGUUUCAUUGACUGACCCAGCAUAAAAAAAAAAAAAAAUUACGGUGCAUUUUGUAUCUAUUGCCGACGCAGCUGAAACCGUGUUGGCGGCACUCGUCGUAGAUCGUAUAAUUUGACAGGCUACUGUUCGCAUAUAAUGUCCAUUAUAUGGUACAUGGGAUGGGCCAGAUAUCAAAAUAAUUUGACUCCGCCGGCACAAUUUUUAGAUACCAUUAUUCGACAUGACAUUGAAAACGAAAUGGACGAAGAAAGUUAAUAUGUAAAUGUGUUUUUAAAAAUCAUGUAAUAAAUGCAAUAAGGUAUAAUACUGUGUUUUUAUUACAUAUUUCCUAGGGCCCAAUACUAACGUCACAUUGACAGACGAGAGGUCGAGAAACAGUAAAGCCAAUAACUAAUAUCAAUCUUCUAAUAAUAUACAAUAACUAAGAUUUUUUUCACACAGGACGGUAUUUGAAGUAUUUAUAGAGACUACAUUUUUAAAUUCUUCAAACUCAAAUAUCUCAGCUUUGAUAUAACUUAGGAUAAAAAUAAUUGAACAUAUAUGUGUAAUGAACACAGCAGAACAAUGUAACAUGAAAAUUAUUGGUGGCCGCUGAAAAAAAAAAUGACGCCACAAGUCCAUACAAAGUUACUCAAACCCCUUUAGUGUUAGAAAAUAUAAAUUCGUUUUCGAAUAGCCUUUAUAUUGAAAAACGGCUAAAAGUUUUUAGAAAUAAUUGACAAUAAUAUUCCCUACCUUUAAAUAAUGAUUGACAAUAAAAUCUUUAAAAAACCUUUGCUAUGGCUAAUUGUAUUUAUGGUUAAAGACUGGUAUUUUUUAUAUCUUUAAUUAUUUAAUUAAAUAUUUAAAAGAAUAAUACGACAAUAAUCUUUAAUAGGUGACGACACAAGAGAGCGUGUCUAUGAUAUUAUAGUUUUUAUUAUAUUUAUUUUUACAUUCGUUACGCUUUGAGCUAAGUUGUUUAUAAUCUGUUGAUAUUUAAAAAAAAUCUAUAGUCUAUAACUUUAUAAUAUAAUCUACAUAUUUAUAAAACGCAGAAUAUUCUACCUUAUGACAAUAAAAAUAAAAAUAUACAUUUUAAAUAAUACUCAUGUUGUUUUUAGAUGCUUUUAAAAUAAAUAUAGUAGUUUAUUGUCUACGCAUAAUUGUUGUUGAAUGUAUAGAGGACAUGAUCAUCUAUUAGAUUAGUCUAUUGUAAAUUGUGCAAGCCAGCAGUUAAUGUUUAAGCAUUUCUAAUAAUGGUCCAUUUAAGAAAGCAGUCGUUUGUUUGAAUUAGGUGUAGCGCUAAAAACAUUCUUCAAACAAUGUUUCUUUACUUUGUCAAAAAUAUAUUUUAUUCGGCUUUUAAUAAAGUAUGAAAAAACAUUAUCACAAAUACCUAAGUACUUAAUUAUUUUCGAAUUGACGUAGAUCGAAAAUCGAAGAAGCAGAAGAAUCGAAAUAGAUCGAAGAAGAAAAUCUACAAUAUAUUUACAAAAUAAGUGUUGAAUUUGACUAGUUAUCAAGUACUUAUCUAAUUAUUCUAUCGGUAGCAAAGCACUCGUAAUACGU